GGAUAAUUUUUCCCAUCUGUUCUCUGUUCUGUUUCAUAAAAUUAAGCAAAUAUUUAACUUAACGAGAUGGAAAUAAAAUUAACCGGCAAAUAUGUAAAAAUCUCUUUGCGCUCACAGUUGCUGGCAAAAAGUUGAACUUGACGUGUUGAAAUACUUGUUGAAUACUCCCUUCGAAAUGGACGACGUCGAUCAAAUUGUCUUAUCAUCUCUGAAAGAAAUCGGAUAUGAAGCGAAGGAUGACAUCUAUAGUUUGAAACUUUGCCCUUUCGAGGACCUGGUCGAGAUGGCUAUCUGUUGUAUCAACACCAUCAAACCGGAUUUGAACUUUCCCAGGGUUUUGCCUCCUUCUAUGUCCAUUAAAUUCAACAUGUGCAAUCAAUUAGCUACCAUUUGUAAUGAACUCGGGUACAAGGGCGAUGUAGGGUAUCACACCUUUUUAUAUACUAAUGUGACCGAUGUUCGAAAUGUAAUAAUUUUCUUGGUACAACAUUUACCCAGGCAGUUGGCUUUUGAAGAAAUUGAAAAAACUGACGAUAAGAAUACCUCUAGCAUAAGACAAAAAACUGCUGAAGAACUCAAAAAAAUAUUAAGCUCUAAAUCAAAAGAUCAUAACGGAAUGUGCUUAACACCAUUUAUAUCGACAGCGUUGGAAACUGGUGCAUUACUACCAAAUCAAAAAAUUGAUUGCCAGCCUCUUGAGUGGCGAGAUUUUGUCGUUAAAAAAUUACCUUUUGUUGACGAACAAGUUAAUAAUUACGAGUCUUUCUUGCCAUCACUGAUAUCUUUAAAUUCGAGUGGUAUACUGAAUCCAAAAAAACCCAAAUGUUUUAGUUUUAAUUUGAAACCUCUCGAAGAAAGCUUUUUCAAUUCUGUUCUUUCAAGAGGGUCUGCAGAUAACUGUCGGCUUGAUACUUCAAGCGCGUCAGAAGUUGAGUUACCAGGUUUUCAAGCCAAUGAAGGUGCUAAUAAUGUUCUCUCAAAGACCACAGGAAGCGAGAGAUCAUCUUCAGAAACGGAUAAAGAAGCUGAACUCGCAUCUCUAGAAGAAGAAAUAAAAAAUAUGCAAGAUGAAUUGGCAACGUUGAAAUUGAAAUUCAACGAUAUUUCAAAAUCUAAUACUGAUCUUAAGAAAAAAUUGGAAGAAAAAACUGCCGCAGAAUCGACUUUGGAACAGUCAUUACAGCUGCUUCCAGAUUCUGAAAACAACAUUCCAAAAUUACUAGCUGCCAAUGAGAAAGUUAGAAAUAAAAUUGAAAAACACGAAGCUCAGUGGCAGCAAGGUAAAGAAGUAUUGCUCAAGAGAAAGACUGAAUUGGAAGGAAUACUAAAUACAAAAACAAGUGAAAAAAAUGAGCUUAUCGAAAAUAUUUUGGAGCUUAGAAAAGAACUUCUCAACGUCGCUGAACAAAUAGAAAAGAAGAAAAUCCUGCAGCAAAAGUUAGCGGAAAGUGAUGCAUUGAAAGGUGUUCAAAGGAACGAAUAUAUUCAAAGAAUUUUUGAAAUAAUUAAAAAUAUCAAAAAACAAGGAAAGGAAAUCGAUAAAAUCCUGGUCGAUAUGAGAUACGUUCAAAAAGAAAUAAACACGUUAUCUGGAAAAAUCGACAGAUCGUUCGCUGUCGCUGAACAAAUGGUUGUAUCUAACUCAAGAAACGAUGAGCUUUCUCUUGAAACUCAUAAAUUGCUGUUACUUUUGCACAAAGACGUCUCAGAUAUCCUUACUAUGGUUGGAGAAACUGGAAAUUAUGUUAGAGAAUCGAAAGAUUUGGAAGAACAGUUACAAACUUUAGAAAGCAGUGAAAAUAUAUCUGAAUCUUUCGAGCAAGUUAGUAAAGAUCUUAAACGACUGAAAGAAGAAGAAGCCUCUUUGUUGAAAAAAUUGGGUUUAUUUGAGAAAAAGCAACCUGAGUCGACUGCAUUGCCACCACCUAAAUCGAAUAAUGGUGACAGAUCUGAAACUAAACUUAAUAACAUUGUCAUUGAUCGUUUAGGCUAUCCUGCGCUCGAAAACUUUAAACCUGUCAAUAGGCAAACUUCGCAAGGAUCUGCUGAAAGUUCAUCCAAAACUAAAUCCAAGCAGAGUACUUCGUCAUGAUAUAAAUUUGCGCAAUUUAUAUUGCGCAUGAUUUUACGUAAUAUAGUUUCAUUCUUAAUAUGCAUUUAUGUAUUACCUUCUAGUACACGUGUGAUAUACUUUAAUGCGUUUUUCAAACGUGAGCUGAUAAUGCGAUAGAUUCGCUUAUGUUAGGUAUUUUACCCUGAUUAUUUAUUUAGAUAAGUAAUAUGUUUUAUGCAGAAU